AUGGCUGUGAGUUUUAGUUGGGCCUUAACCUCUGCCCUGUUCCUAGCUGCCACUACUUCUGGAUUUAGUCAGAAAGGACUCAAGCAAAUGUUGCUGGAGAAACUGAGACUUCCAGAUGUCCCUGCUCUUCAGAGGACCGACCUGGAGAAUCUAGUGAUUCCAGAGAAUAUAAGGAAUAAAUACAUAUCCAUGCUGGAGCGGCACCGUGUGAAACGAAGAGCAUUGCCAAGUUUAGCUGGUAUCUUGAGAGGAAUUCCAGGCAACGCAGAUAUCUCAGGAGACAUUCUCUAUUCAGACACCACCCGUCAGAACUUGAUCUUUGACAUGGAGGGCAGGAUCCCAGAAAACAGUGAAGUCACCAUGGCUGAACUGAAGCUUUUCAAAAAGCCCCUGGAGAAGAAACAUCUGCCCAGCAGGCACUCACAAAGACCAGUCAUGAAUGCAAGGGUGAGCGUGUACUGGGUGCAGCUUCAAGAUAAUGGCACAAACCGGACCUCUUUAAUUGAUUCCAGAUUAGUUCCCAUUAUGGAAUCUGGCUGGAGGAAUUUUGAUGUUACACAGGCUGUGCAUUUUUGGCUGAAAACAAAAACAUCUGGACCAAUGCUCCUGGAGAUUUGGAUUGAAGGAGAAAGAAUAGGCAGUUAUGCCUCUGAAAUGGCCAAAGUUGUGCGCUUUACAUCUCAGGAUCCUUCAGAUAAGGCACUGGGCAAACCAGAAUUGGUCCUUUACACUCUUAACUUGGAAGAAUAUGGAGGACCUGGGGACUGUGGAGAAGGAAGUAUGAUGGAGAGGUCUAUCUGCUGCCGGCAAGAGCAUUAUAUCAAUUUCCGUGAGCUGACCUGGACUCAGUACUGGAUUAUUGAGCCAGCUGGCUACCAAGCUUACCAUUGUGGGGGCAGCUGCUGGCAGCCCAAGAAUUUGCUGCACCAUUUUGGCUAUGGAGAGAGAACCUGUGCUGUGGUGGAGAGUUCUCCUCUUCCCAUGAUGUAUCUUGUCAAAAAGGGAAACUACACAGAAAUUGAAGUGGCAGAGUUCCCUAAUAUGAUUGUAGAAAAAUGUGGCUGUAUCAUGGACAAUAUAGCGGUGGUCUAA